AUGGGUAACCAAAUGAGUGUUCCCCGAAGAGUUGAAGACCAAGAGAAUGACCCGGAAGCAGACACUCACAAGGUCACAUCUGGGGAUGCGUGUGGUCAAAACGGCCUGCCGGCCAUCAUAUCCGGCCGCACCGUUCAACUCUACGAUGAAGUCGAUCUGGGAGUCAGCAUCCAGGAGGAUAAUGUGGCCGCUUCUUCCCCCGAGACAAUGGAGACCAGCGCGGCUGCAGAGGCCAACGGGGAGAGUCUUGGGAAGGAGGCCAAACCCCAGGCACCAGCUGCUAAAUCUCGCUUUUUCUUGACGCUCUCUCGGCCUGUACCAGGGCGUACCGGAGACCAAGCCACGGAUUCAUCCAGUAGGUCCGUGAGGCUUGAUGUCAGCUCCGAUAAAGCUCCAGGAAACAAAGACUCGAGUGAGCCCAUGGCCCUUCCGGUGGCAGCUGCACCCGGGCAUGGCCCGGAUAAAACCCCCGGGCAGACCCCGGCCCAGGCGGAGGGCCUCCCUGCCACCCCUGGGCCGGAGCACCCUCCGUCUGAGUCCGGGGCAGCAGCCCCCGCCAAGCCCAAGGACUCCAGCUUCUUUGACAAACUCUUCAAGCUGGACAAGGGACGGGACAGAGCCCCCGUGGACCUCCCGCAGGAGGCUGAGAGCACAGAGCACCCUCACUCAGCCGCCAAAACUCCUGGGUUACCCACGCAGUCCGAGGAUGGCCCUGCAGAGAGGGACUUAGUUGACGGCAAGGGAAAGGGAGGACAGGAAGUCCCAACUGUGAGCCGCUCCGUCCCCGGGGACCCUGAGCAACUGGAGAUUGCAAAGGAGGACACCCAGGCAGAGAACAGUUCCAUCAUGAGCUUCUUUAAAACCCUGGUUUCGCCUAACAAAGCUGAAACAAAAAAAGAUACGGAAGACACGGCAUCUAAGGGAGAAAGUGUCUCUGAUGGACAAGCCGGGCAGAAGACAUCCGAGGUCCAGGCUAAAGGCGCCAAGAAAAAGCACCUGCAUAGCCCCAGGCUAGGACUCGCCUUCAGAAAAUUCUUUAGGCAUAAGGGAGAGGAAAAGUCAGCCGCCUCUUCAGCCAACCUCAAGUUAGACAAAGCCAACAUUACGCUCCAGGAGCCCCAGGGGGCCGCCAAGAAUUCUACACCCACUGAAACAGCAAAGGAUGGUGCCAAGGAAAAAGGGGGCCCCAGCUCUCUGCCUCUGGGCAAACUGUUCUGGAAAAAGUCAGUUAAAGAGGAUUCAGUCCCCACAGGUGCAGAGGAGAAUGUGGUGUGUGAAUCACCAGUAGAGGCUGUAAAGUCCGAGGAGGUAGAAUCAGCCUUACAAACAGUGGAUCUCAGCGAGGAAGGACCGCGCACACCUGAGCCUGCAGAAGAAACGCCCAGGAGAGAAGAACGCAAAGCCUCGAGGCCCUCCCUGAUGGCGCUCCUCAGACAGAUGUCAGUGAAAGGGGAUGGAGGGAUCACCCACUCUGAAGAAAUAGAUGGGAAAGACGCCAGCUACCAAACCUCGGACCCCACGGAGAAGGUGGUCGCUCCGCCACAGCCGGAAGCGGCAGCUGCGGGCCAGAAGGGCAAAGAAGGCCCGUCCAAGGGCAAGAAGGCCGCCGCGGAGACCGACAAGCAGAAGGGCGACAAGCAGGAAGCCAAAGAGCUGGCCCCGGGCGUGGAGCCGGCCGCCGCGGAGGCGAACUCGCUGCCGAACGGGGACAAGCCCCAGAAGAGACCCGAGAAGCGGCGGCAGUCCCUCGGGGGCUUCUUCAAGGGCCUGGGACCGAAGCGGAUGCUGGAUGCUCAAGUGCAAACAGACCCCGUGUGCAUCGGGCCAGCGGGCAAAUCCAAGUAAACAAACUUCACGGCUCCCAUCAGGUUCCGCCACCGAGACGUCUCCUCCCGACUCCGUCUCCCCCCA